AUGACUGCCGGACUCUCUGAAUAUCGCAAUGCGUACCAUGACCUUGAGAUGAAGUACUCUUCGCUCUCGACCGAGAACCGACAACUCCAAGAGCAGGUCAAAGUGCUCAAAGAGAUGCUUCCCGCUUCGAAGCGCAAGAACCUACCAACCUCAACCUAUGAAGUAUCGUUGUCGGAAUCCCUGUCACGCUCGGCCCAACUCUACAUGUUUCGUAUCUGCUUCUGGGUACCUCCGUCGCUCUUCACGCAGGGCACCCGGCCGACUGGAGUAGAUCCGAAGAACUACGGUUGGAGGUGGCCCAACGGCACGACGAUCGGCGAUAUCAUCAAGUCAGACCCUACUGGUGCACCCGACCCACGGGUAUCCGACGCCACCAACCGCAAUGCUCUUGUUUCCCAGUCACGCCGUAACGACGCCCGUCUCGCUGAGCUCGUUGAUGAUCUGCCGAGAGAUCUCCGAGAGAUCUUCGACAAAGUUUGGAUGCGCUCUGUGUUCGCCGAAAGGGUUCAAAACACGAAGAACAACUGUAUCAACAACUGCAAGGCGGCACGUAGCGCCAUCUUCUCGCACAUCGCAGAUCUCCAGGAUGUGCCGUGGUCAGGCUCGACUAACGAUAUGAAGAACCAUCACCACCUUUCGUUCCUUCGAGGCGAUAAUCAAGACCCGAGAAACCACUACUAUCCGUUCUUGUUCCCCGGCAUUGAGCAUGAAAAGCUCGAGGUGAAGUUGUUCCGCACGGCCUGCAUCGCAAAGACUCUUCGUGUGCUUCUGUACGGAGCCACUGGUGCAAACGAGGGUCACAAACCUACCAACAAGAGUCUCGGGAAGAAGCUCGAACUGGGUACUGUCACACCGGGCAUGAUUGCGAUGGCGGCCACAGUGACGCGCUUCCUUCUGUCCUACGACACUGAGUUCAAUCCUGUCGGGCUGAACACGAGCUGGUCCUACGAAGGGGACUACGAAACUUGGUACCGGUUCCUUACUGUCAAUUGGGAGACGAACAACUUGCAAGCCACGCGUUCGUACUUCGAUCAGCACGUCUUUGGCGUCGUCGGUGGUGAGACAAUCCCCAUGGACAUCGGUGACGACGACACUCCGGAUGUUCAGUACAUGCAGCCUGGCAACCUCGACGACUUUGCAUACGACAACAAUGACGACGACGACUUCUCAUCUCACCGGCGUGCGAGAGUGCAGAGGCUUACCCACUUGCCGAGCACCAGUAGCCAGCCUCGGCCAACCUCUAGCACCAAUGCGGUGGACUUGAACCCCUCCGACUCCACAGUAUCCAUGACCAGCUCUCUAUCUUCCUCCACCUCACCUUCUCAGUUUCCACAUACCAUUACUCCCACUCUCACUGCAAGUACAUCGGCGUCCAUGUCUAUCCCCCUCCCAUCGAACACCACGACAACCCCUACUCUCAUCACCACUACCCCGACCGCCGGUACCAGUGCCGCUCUGACGGCCGUUUCCGACACCAUCACGUCCACACCGGGGACUCCCGCUCUCCCGCCACCUUCUCCCGACGCAGUCGAGAACGACCUCGUACCCACCAUGGCAUUAUCCAUGUCCAUCUCUGCAGCAGAGGAGGUCGGCGGCCCACGGACGCGCAACACCUCGCGGACGACUCGCGCGGGCGCUUCGAGGAGAAGCAGUCAGGCUGCUGAAUCGGAGACUGGGGCUCCGGUGCGGAGCGGCCGGUCCACCCGCAAGCGCGGAGCUGUGGUGUAG